AGAAGAGCUGAUCGGCGAAUAUCUAUCAGCGGCUAAAAUGGAUGAUGUAUGUAGAAGAUAAAAUGAUGGUAGUGGACGGUAAGCUGGCGAUGUAUCACGAAAAUUUAAAGCGAUUGCGUCGUCAUUUGGAGGUACUUCUGCAAAUACAUUUGGUACCGCAGAUGAAUGUUAGUGCUCUCAGCGAAGUUGCUAGAAGGCGUACAUUUUCGCAAGCAUUUUUGGUGUUGGCGAGUAAUCUCGCUUGUCAAUUAUUAACGGUACACAAUGAGGAAAUUGCCAGAUGUAGAGAAUUUCAGAGUAAAUUCGACGGGAAUUUUUUUGGACAGCCUAUUUCCGGGUUUGGAGCAUGUUCACGCCUAGGAUUUUGCUACUUCAAGCGCCAACUAUUUUCGAUAAUGAAUAGCCUAAGCUGACAGCGGACGAUAUGGAAUCACUAAAAAUUAAAUUACCCAAUCUCACGGAUUCCAUUUCAACGCCCGAUUUAAAUAGCAAU